AUGCUUCGCUUUCUAUGCCUUUCUCCCUCCCCCUUCGCCUCCACCAGACCGCUUCAUCUCGCCUCCUCCUCUUCCCCUCGGGUCACCACUACGACUGCCUUGCUGCCACCACCCAGCACUCCUCCCCCCCUUUUCUCCCUUUCCUUUUUUCCGUUGACUAUUCCCUACACCCCCCAUCAGACCGCUUCAUCUCGCCUCCUCCUCUUCCCCUCGGGUCACCGAUAUGACUGCCUUGCUGCCACCACCCACUCCUCCCUGCUUGGCAGCAGCAGCAGCUAUGGGGGGGAAGCGGAGGGAGGGGCACAGGGGGAAGUGGUGUGGGGGAGCAGAGUGGGGAAGAAGAUUCUGCAGGUGAGGAAAAAGAGGGGCUGGCGGCGGUGGGUACAGGGGCAGGGGAGGGACUGGGGGAGCAGAGUGGGGAAGGGAAGAAGAUUCUGCAGAACCUUCCCUUCCCCUGCCCCAGCCUUUGAGGUUUUCAAUACCCUCAUCAACUCGAGACUCCCGCCCUCUCUGCUCUUACUGAUAACUCCCACCCCUUCUCUCCCCUUUUAA